GGCAGCGCCGAGCCCGAGCGCCCGGCUGGCUUCCCCGAGAUCUGCUCGUUCCCUGCACCGGGAUUGCACUCUGCCGUUUGCUCUUGCUGGAUUAUUGCCUGUUGCCGCCUGGCCCGGCUCCGCUGUGGAUUAUAAUUGCACCAUGACCCUGGAGGAGCUCGUCGCUUGUGACAACACGGCGCACAAGAUGCAGGCGGUGAGCCAGGCGCUGGAGCAGCUGCUGGUGGCGGCUCAGAGGCAGGACUGUCUCACGGUGGGCGUCUAUGAAUCGGCCAAGCUCAUGAAUGUCGACCCAGACAGCGUGGUGCUGUGCCUCUUGGCCACCGACGAGGAGGACGAGGACGAUAUCGCGCUGCAGAUCCACUUCACCCUCAUCCAAGCCUUCUGCUGCGACAACGACAUCCACAUCCUGCGCGUGUCGGGCAUGCAGCGCCUGGCCACGCUGCUGGGCGAGGGGGUGCAGGACAGCAGCGAGCCCCGGGACCUCCACUGCAUCCUGGUGACGAACCCACACACGGACUCCUGGAAGAGCCAGGGCCUGGCUGAGGUGGCCAGCUACUGCGAGGAGAGUCGCUGCAACAACCAGUGGGUGCCCAGCGUGGCCCUGCAGGAGCGCUGAGCUGCCCGCACGUGGACCAGGCGGAGGGGAGCCGAUGAGAAAAGAAGGGGAGGAAGAAAAAAAAGAGCCGGAGAAGCAGGAUUAAAAAAAAAAAGCACGAGACCUUUUUAGUUUUGCCCCCAACUUCGCAACCCAGCGGCCCGUGACCCGCGUGGGCAGGGCAGGGCAAGGCACCUGCGUGGGAGAGCAGCUGUGCCCGUGGCAGGAGCCGGCCGGCAGAAGCAAGGCUCGGAGGGGCGCCGAGACCCCGGCACAUGCACAAGCGUGUGUGUAUGCGUGCAUUUGGCUGCGUGGGCAGGCGGUGCCACCCAGGGGUGGCACGGGACUGGCUUUCUCCCUCCCAGGCCCCCCCUAUUGUGGGGGGGCCAGACUGGCGGGGGGGGAGGAGAGGCUGGACGCCCCUGUGCCUGCUUUUGUGCCGUGGAUGGAGGACUGAAAGGGACAGUCGCAAAUGAACUGCUGUUGCUGUUUUCUCCGCGGGGGAGAGCGUCUCCGUUUGCAAGCGAGACGCAGGACUUGGUGCGUGGUGUUUCCUUUGCACUCCAGCCCGGAGACGAGAGAGGAGAGCCCAGCUCUCCAGCUAGAGCUCUAUUCUUGUACCUGAUGACAAAAGAGAUUUGCAAUAAAUUUCUAAAGCUUCAACAA